AUGACCAAAGACGAGGAGGAAGCCACGCUACCCUCAUCUAUACACCCUUCGUACCCCUAUGGAAAUCCCCUGAAACAGCUCAAAGAUGCACCAGGUCCAGGAGUUGAUUCAGUUGUUGAUCAGCUCAGUGGUACGAAUCAACGUCAUGAUCCAGCAUUAAAAUGGGAUGAUUUGGCACUGGAUGAGUUGCUGCCCAAGGGGCACGCUGCGUCUAUAGAUGAGUUGAAAAGGGAGUUACACGGCGAGGACAUAGACCUAGAGCAAGGCCAAGAAGAGGAAGAAGAAGACGAGGCAGACGAUGUAGAUCAAGUAGAAUCUAGUCAGGUUAUAGCGAAUGAAUCUUUUUAA